GUCCACUUGCCUUUCCUCGGCGCCCACCGCAAAUACAAGCAAGGCAAACUAACCAAACGGACACUAAAGCCCCCGGCCGCCUCAGGUCAACAUCUUCUGACACGCUCCCUCAUCUUUUCUCUUUCCUUCCUCAUCCUCUCUUGCCCCCCUCUUCCUCCCCUCUCCUCCGCUUCAGUCAAUUCGUCAUGGCUGAGACGAAGAUCCAUCCUCAGUCCCCUGAGGAUUUCGAGUUCAUUGAAACUCCCCCUGCCUCUUGCACUACUGCCGCUGAGCCCUGUGGUGUGAGGACAACGUCGUACCCAGCCAUCAAAAAUGCCCCCGUCCCAGCGGAUUCUCCGGGCAGUGAUAGCUUCUCCAACAUCCUCCUGUUCUCCUUGCUUCUGCUCAUCCCAUGGUAUCUGGCCCGCCAGGUCGGCGGUGGUUUCUACACCACCAUCUUCUUCGCAAUCUUCACCACUAUCCCUAUCUUGAUGGCUUUUUGGUCCAUCGCUUCAUCCAUCUCCCCCCGCAAGACCGAAAAGGCCAAGUAUGCCGGUCGCCCCGUCGAGCACUACCUGCACUUUCACAGCGAGCAUGACCGUGCUGCCUACCGCGGAAAGAGCAAGAUCCCCAUGGAGGUUUUCUACGAGAAGUAUUUCAACGGUGAGGUGGACUUCAAGGGUGAUGCCCUGGAGUGCCUCGAGUUCCGUCACGAUUGGGCCAACUUCCGCUUCACCAUGGGCCUUUUCAAACACUUCCUCUUUGGUUUCAUCCCCGAGUUGCUGAUGCACACCCGUUCCCAAGAUGAGGAGCAAGUCCGUGAUCACUAUGACCGUGGUGAUGAUUUCUACGCUUGGUUCUUGGGCCCUCGCAUGAUCUACACCUCUGGUAUUAUCAGCGAUCCUGAUCGGGAGGAGACCCUGGAAGAGCUGCAGGACAACAAGCUGGCUGUGGUUUGUGAGAAGAUCGGCCUGAAGCCCGGAGACACCGUCCUCGAUCUUGGUUGUGGCUGGGGUACUCUGGCCAAAUAUGCUUCUGUUCACUAUGGUGCCCAAGUUACCGGUAUCACCCUUGGUCGUAACCAGACUGCCUGGGGUAACAAUGGCCUUCGCAAGGUCGGCAUUGAGGACUCCCAGAGCCGUAUUCUGUGCUUGGACUACCGUGACGCUCCUCGCGUUGAAGGCGGCUACAAGAAGAUCACUUGCCUGGAGAUGGCUGAGCACGUCGGUGUGCGCCACUUCACUACUUUCUUGUCUCAGGUUUAUGACAUGCUGGACGACGACGGUGUUUUCUUCCUCCAGAUUGCUGGUCUCCGUAAGUCCUGGCAGUACGAGGAUCUCAUCUGGGGUCUCUUCAUGAACAAGUAUAUCUUCCCCGGUGCCGAUGCUAGCACCCCUCUUGGAUUUGUUGUCGACCGUCUGGAAGCCGCUGGUUUUGAGAUCAAGGCUGUUGACACCAUUGGUGUCCACUACUCUGCUACUCUCUGGCGCUGGUACCGUAACUGGAUGGGCAACCGUGAGAAGGUUGAGGCCAAGUACGGCAAGAGAUGGUUCAGAAUCUGGGAAUACUUCCUUGCUGCUUCGACCAUUACCUCCCGUCAAGGUGGUGCCACCUGCUGGCAGCUCACCCUUGUCAAGAACAUCAACUCCACCCACCGUAUCGAGGGUAUCAACACUCAGUACGGCCUUAAGGGUGCCCGUCAGGCUGCUAUCGACUCUGUCGGUCACGGCGCCGUGCCUAGCGCCCACGUCACUCCCAAGGCAUAAGUUUGACGCUAGCAUGUGAGUACUGGUCACCGGUUGUAGUUUACACUUACUUCCCUGCCCGGUGUAUACAUGGACGAACUUUGUCUUCGAGCCUAUUGGAUCCAAUGACAUGAUUCAUGGAGCAAUGGAGGAAAUACCUUUGAAAGGGUUAAUGAAAAAUGUGAUUUUAGUCCCACUACGGGAAGAAAAGAGCUUAGGAAGCAUUUCCCCAGGAAGGGAAAGAAGGGACGUAUGUUUUCAUUGAUAGCUGUUAUGUAUGUUUAUAGCCAUCUUGAUUUGUAUACCUUCGGCCCCACAUGGGGCGAGCAGGUGGUAAAUC